CUGUAAGCAAAAUUUGAAAAGUGUAGAAAAAUGUGAAAGAAGUAAAUUGAAAUUAAAUAAAUAGAAUGUCCUUGGGAGGUUGUCCAGCGGGAUUUGAAUCAAGUGAUGAUGAGGAUGAAGAAUUUCUGGCAUUCAAUCAGGUAGGUGCAGAUGAGGAUAAUCCAGAUGACUUCCACAUUAAAAACAGAAAUUAUUUUAGGGACAAUUUGAAACAUGGUGAAUGGAAAUUCAACAAUAAAAAGAAAAAUGAUUUUGCUCCAAUGUCAGAUUUGAUGACAAAUAAAUUUCUUUGGACCAAAAACUCAUUCACUAAACGUUGUGUAGAUGGUAACAGCCAAUCAAAUUUAAACUUCAACCACACACCAACCAGCAUAAACCAAAUAAUAAAUGACCAACACAACAUUCAUGAGGUAAAUUCUUUUAAUCCCACCCCCAAACCUUGCAAACACCUUUCUGAUAUAAUUAGUGAGAACAUUGCAAAUAUGGACCAGAGACUUCCUCUGUUUGAUCCUCUUCGGAGACCCAGCAAUUCAGACUCGUACUGGUUUGAGGUGCUUGUCGAGUUGUUCAAAGAUAACAGAAAUAAUCAAGCUCUCAUGAAUACAGAGAUGUCAAAAUGCUGGAAAAUUGUUCCCAAUCCAUUCUCCACUACCGUCUACUUUAUCAAUAAGUCGUCUCUCUUGCCUAUUAAUCAAAGAGUAAAGUUCAUGAACAUGGUCAUGAGGUCUCUCGAAUCAUGGAAGACAAAAACAAAAGAAAUAUUGAGAGACAGUCUGCCAGGGUCUGUCAAUCAACCAUCUCAACCUACCAUCGCUAUCACUCCAUCGGCCCCUGUCAAUUUAGAAUCUUUGUUAUCAAAGGAGAUUAAAUUAAGUGCUAUAAGAACUGUCACCAGCCAUGCAGUUCUGCCUGAUUUCCAACUUUUCUCUUCCUGUUUUGAACUUGGGGAAGAGGACAACCCAGAGUUUAUAAAUAUUGUACACGGACUGAUUGAAAAGCAUGAAUAUAUUAAGGCUUCCAGGUGCAUCACUGCUUUACAUCUUCAUCAGUAUUUUCAAUGCAAUGUGAUAUGUCUGUCCCUGUUGAGCCAGGGCCACAUUGCAGAGCUGGAGAGGUACUUGCACGACCAGCCUGGCCAGCAGGUUGAAUUCCUUCAAACCAUCGACAACUUCCUACACAAGCCCACUCUCAUUGAUCAGUAUUUGGGGUCAACAGAUGUGCCUAGAUUAAAAAGAGAUAAUUUAAGUCAAAAAUCACUCUACAAACUUGGAGUCAGAUUGCAAAAACUUUAUAAGGCUGAUGAAAAAACAUGUCCUCACAUUUCCUUCGUCCAGACAUGCAAGAGCAUCAAGUACCUCAUAGUUAAGAGGUUUCUGCUGGCUUCAGCAGGUACAAAUACAGAACUCCAGUUAUUUCUAAUCAACCAGUUAAUUGAUCAGUAUGAAAUAAGCACGGCUGUUAAGAUGGCUACCGUUCUGAACAUGAACCCUAAGCUCCUCCCACAUCAAAUUGCUGACGAUGUAGCUGUUGCUCUUUCAAAAAAGGAGCACGAAACAUCGAUCUGUCCCCCUGCAGUUGAGACGGAAAGUUUCAUGAAAAAUUUUCAUCAUUUGAGCAUUCCUAGGUCUGCCAUUGUGUGGGUGGACGAUGCUAAUAUGCUGGAUGAGUGCCUUAAGAAGUUGAAGGUUGUCGUGAAUGAAGUUGUUGUCGGGUUUGAUACCGAGUGGAGGCCGACAUUUGGUUCAUCAACAUAUAACACCAAAAUCUCGUUGGUUCAGCUGUCAACUCGAACGCACGUGUACCUCCUGGACGUCUUCAACCUCCUGCCGACCGUCACUGAACAUGCCUGGAGCGACUUCUUCGUCGACGUCUUCACUAAUGAGAACAGGCUUAUUGUCGCACGUCAUGCAUUUCAAUUCCUCGAUCUCGGAGGAGUCCCAGUUCAAACGUUGGAUGCUUAUUGUCUGUUGGAGUUGUACGACGUGCUGCAGUUGAACAACAGCUCGAUGAUGGGGGAGAUGAUGACCGAGAGAGGGGCUACCGUCAAGAUGGAUCGGAGGUCCCCCAAGUACCAAAGCAAGGUGAAAUUAGUAAGUGACAAGCAGGCCCUUAGAAAAGAAGAAAUCAUUAGAUAUACAUUAUUAAACAGGGUUCCAUCAUCAGCGUUGAAGUUUGUAUGUGAUUCCAUGUUGAUUGGACUUGGGAAGGAGAUGAGGAUGUGUGGGAUAGAUACGUACAUCAUUGAGGCUGACGACCCACACGAGAUGGCCGCUAACAUCGCAAAAGAGGAGAUGAGAAUCCUGUUGAGUUCAGGACUUGCUUGUGUCUUAAUGACGAGUAACAUGAAAGCAGAUCGAUUUUAUUGCGUGGAGUCGAGGAUCAUACACGAACAACUGCAUGAAAUUUUGGAUAAGUUCAAUAUAAAAGUCACUGAAGAUGACAUGUCAUCGAGAUGCCAGAUGUGCAACCACAACAAAUUCCUGAAGAUCAGUCAGACGGAGAUGAAGUUUCUGUGGUUGCUAAAGAGGUUGAUGUUGGACCUGCAGGUUCCUCACGAGUUCAGGAACGUCAACGAACAGCAGAUUCUUGACGUCCUCGACAAGCCACUGUCCUUCUCGGUGGUCGAUGACGUCAGCAUGAGCAGCCACGAGAGCGACUCCAGUAUGAUGGAAGUUUACACUUUCAAGUCCACACAUACGACUGACUCGCCGACCAAGAUGAGAGCCUCGAUCAGGAGUCGGGAUUUCAAACCGGAAGAUAACAUAACAAAAAAUGUUAAAGGCAGUUCCGCUGUGAUCUACGCCAAGUUGAGCAACCAGAAAACUGUAAAUGCCAUCAUGGGGAUUAGUGAUGCGAAGAGGAAGUUGAAGAAGAAGAAAUCUUCGGAAGCAGCGGUGGCUGCAGCGGCUAAUGAAAGGAAACUGAGUCCUGCUUCCAUAACAUCCAGGCAGGAGAUGCUGGAAAAUUUUAAAGGUAUCAGCAAGGGCCUGGAGAAUAAUAUGAUCGAUUUGAGGGAAUGUGACGACCAUUGUUUGCUGGAUAACACUGCCAUAAGCAAAGCUCAUCACUCUAUGAAUGGUUCUGAGUUUGAUGUUUCGACAAGUCAUGACUAUAGAUUCAACGACAUAGAUCUAAAAUCGUUCAUCAUCGGCAACACUCAAACGACUAUUCAGUGUGAAUGGCUGCCUAUCAAACGAUUGAAUGAAGUUGAAGAGUUCCUCGUCUGCACGGGUUGUGGCAAGAUUUACUGGGACAGCGUCAACAAAUAAGAAAUAAGUCUACAAUAAUAAGUAGAUUUAGAUGGUCAUAAGAAUGUUUAACGUCUUUCAUUUAUUAUUUUAAGUUAGAAAACUGUCUCAACAAAAUGCUUUUGCUAAGUUUUUUUAUUUUUAAAUCUGCAAGAUGACCAUCAAUCACUCUAGAGUUAUCACCAACAAACAUCCAAAUAAAUUAAAAAGAGUGGUUCUUUUGUUUCUGUCGAAUUAGAACGUCGACUCAACGGUAGUCGACUACUUCUGUUUGUGUGUGAGUGCUAGUUGGGGCCAUGUCUGCUUUUAAAUGCGGAGUAGCAUCUCGUGUCAAUAUAUAUAUAUAUUCUAUAUAUUAUAUUCUAUAUAUUAUAUUCUAUAUAUUAUAUUCUAUAUAUUAUAUUCUGUAUAUUAUAUUCUGUAUAUUAUAUUCUGUAUAUUAUAUUCUGUAUAUUUUAUUCUAUAUAUUAUUCUAUAUAUAUGUGGUGGUUCGUUUGUUCAUUUUGUUGUCUAUGCAUAUGAAGUUCGAGUGUUCAUUUUGAUGUCUAUGCGUGAAGCACCUUGGUCGCCAUAGUAAUUGAAAAGAUUUCUGAAUGUGAAAAUUUUAAAAACAAUUGUGUUAAUGCUGUGUUAGGAAUAAUUGAAAAAUAUAAAAAUUACACAUGUCUGCAACGAGAUAUCUUCUCAACGAGGAAUUAGCUUCAAACCACAAAAUAGUUCCGCAAUUUCGCUUACAAAUAGCAAAACCCAACAUUUUCAAAGAAAAUUUUAAAAAGUUAAAAGAAAUUCAAAGAGAAAAUAAACUGAAAAAUGAAUCAAAAUUGCCGGUAAAAGCUAUGUGGAAGUCAUGUAAAUAUGACAAUGUGGAAUCUAAGCUAAAAGAAUAUUUAGAAGUUAAUUUUCCUUGUUCAACAGGAGAAAAUAAAAAUUCAAGAGUUUUUUCAUCAAGACCUCCAUCUAGAUCUGGCAGUAGCAUGAAUUUAAAUCUCAGCAGUGCUAGAAGCAACGUUGACUUUAUAAAACUGAAUGGAUGUGCUGCCAAAAAUUCUGUGAGGAGGUGCCCAAGUACUCCUAAUUUGAAAGAUUCAAGCAGAAGUUGCACACGUGUCAGUCAUCAAACAGGACAAAUACCUCAAUAUUUGAUAGAAAGAAAAGAAGAAUGGCGACAAGCUGAAGAGACAAGGAGGAGGAUGAAUGAAGAGAAAUUAAUUCCUGCUGGUCACAGACUGAUGUCCGAAGAUGAACGCAUCUCCACACUCCAACAGACCACAAAAAGGAGGGAAGACAUCGUCCAGCAACUGUCGCACCUGCCGCUGAGGAACGACACAAUGAAGUUGCAAAAACUGAGGGAGGACUUGGAACAGAAGCUGGCGAAGUUGGACGACGCCGUCAGAAUAUUUUCCAGAAGUAAAGUUUUUGUAAGGAUGGAUAGAUGACAGACAGUUCACGCGGUGCCAAAGUUUCGAUUUUUUUAUAUAAAAGAACGAACAUUUAAACGAUUUAAUUGAAAAUGUACAACACAGAAACGCAAUUUUAAUACUAAUAGAAAAAAAACUAACAGACAAACAUCUGACCGAACAAAUAAUUCACCAUAAUUUCAAAGUAAAUAUAACCGCAAUGAAUGAUAAAAACGUUUAAUUUUCUGUUUAAAGUAUAAAGUGUUUUUGGGUAGUUGUUAGUGUGUUUAAGCGAUAUUCAAACCCAGAUGUCACACAUACAUCAGUCACUGAAGUCACUUAUCAUCUGUGUACUUGAUUGGAAUCAAUCUUUCAGAUGGUUUGAGGUGAGGGGCAGGUGCUUCAAUGGUCAACACGCCAUCCUUUGUUAUCGUUGGCCUGAUCUGAUCUGCCUUUACACCAUCAGGAAGGGAAUACUGGCGAACAUAUAAACGAUGGGACUCUCCAGCCUCAUUCUUUGUGUCACUCCUUGCAUGAACCUGUAGAAUAUUGUUCCCAAGAACCUUGACCUUCACUUCUUCAGGCUUGAAGCCAUGAACAUUGAAGUCCAACUUGAGUUUAGUUUCACCCUU